GUUUAGCUGCGAUAAUCGGGCGGGGGGAGCCUGACUACGGCAAGUGCCCGAGGGCAUCCGACAGGUGCAGAUGCUGCUGGUCGAAGCCUUCUGUAUCUUGCCCUGUUCGUUGAAUAACUUGCACUCAUUUUUAUUCAUUAAUUCCUUCGAGCAACUCUACGUACAAAUGUAAAUUCACCACUGUAAUAUUCUCAGUAUCCGAAUAUCGCUUGAAAUCCGUAAAUGCAUGGUCUGCAUAAAUCCCAUCACCAAGAAGCAGCAAGCAGCAAGCACCAAGGAGCAGCCAGCAGCAGCAGCAGCAGCGCCGAAGAGAUGUUCCGGGCCAGCAAGAAGCUGCCUGCAGCCUGCGGUGUCGCGCAACUGCUUAUAUUGACGAUCUGUCUGUCUGGCUGUCGAUUCUCUCCGCUGGAUAUUGACGAGCGAACGGAUUGAAUUGCAAGUCUUGUUUGCGAACAACUGUUGUCCUUAUUACUUUUCAAAAUUAUUGAGGAUAAACCAAAAAGAACCAGGCAGUGCCAGUAGAAGUGCAGACCUCCUCUUCUGGGCGUGAAUGCACAAGAAGCGAAGGUCCACUAGAAUUGCUGUUUCAAGCGCCAGAAUGGGACACUAGAAUGGGACAUCGGUCCCUUAGACAAAGGCAUCUACUAGAGUCUAGAACUAUAUAAUUGUGAUAGCGACUUUUUCUCGGCUGUCAACAUGAUCUCAUUUGGCAAUGAUCCAUCUACUAGAGUCUAGAACUAUAUAAUUGUGAUAGCGACUUUUUCUCGGCUGUCGACAUGAUCUCAUUUGGCAAUGAUCCAUCGAUGUCUCAUGUAAGCCUGUGUGCUUACAUCUGAAAUCCCGGGCAGGCUGUUUCACUAUAAUUAGACUCUUUCCUUCAGCCGCAGGUUCGAACGGGGUACGACAACAACUAACUAUUAACUUAGGGGCAAGGCCAUACUAGUACGCAUCUACAAGAUGAAUGUCCACCUUUUGGCAGCAUUUGUGUUUCUCCUUGUCACUCUGUUCGACCUCAUAUUCGACAACCGCAAGUGGAAAUAUGCGGCAGUCGUUCCGGCCGUGGUUUUUUCGAUUCCGGGGGUCGUAUGGGGGUUGUGGGACCUCGUAACAUCACCGCGUUCUAUAUGGAAGCGGAUUGAGCUCGCCUUCUGGCAGCUCAUGAUGACCGACCUCUGCGAGCAAAAGCUGUACAAGUGGCGGCUGCAAGGCAAACCGCUCUACGCGAACCCUUUCUACAACUGCAGCGUGUUGUGCAAGCAUGGCCAGUGGCUCACAUAUGCGGCCGUUAAGCCCUUUGCCAAUUUCCAGCAUCAGGACUGGAAAGACCAGUUCGCAACGCUCGGGUUCGCCUCGGAGGCCGACAUGCAGGAGGCCAUCAAGAUGUUGGGAAUGAGCGACGUCAAAGUCAAGCCUGGGUUCAACCUGAACGAGUUCGAGCUGUUGGACGCGACGAAAAGGGAUCUCCUUGCGCUCGAGAACUUUGGCGGCAGAUACUACUUCAGGAUGAGAGUCAACUUCCCGAACACGCCAGUCAUUCUCCGUUUUGAGUCGGCUUCUGGAACAUGUAAAAUGAGAAUAAACUAUGACGCGAUAGGCGAAGUCAAGGACCAUGAGGUGCCCAGCAGCCUGGACAGCUUUGUGUUCUUUCUGGACACGCUGCUGUUCGUACACACCCGCGAACGUCAUUGCUGUUUCGUCCUCGAGGACUUUCGCCCUCACUGGUGUAGCGAGUCUUGGGGAUACCAGCUGCACUCCACAAGCCUCCCAGAGCUGCAGAGAAGGAUUUGCGCCAACGGCGAGCGGGUAGGCUUUACAAAAAUUUACGAGAGGGGUGUCAAGUACACAGAAUGAGUGUGAAGGCAGUGGAUGAUCCCCAGGAGUCUGGCAUGAAAUUCACACAUUAAAUGCGUGCGGUCCUGUCCUCGACGAGGUCUUGGGGAUACCCGGUUUCCAGCAGGUGCGGCUCCCCACCAAUAGACCGGAGCAAUUAUAUAAAAAAAAAAAAAAGGUCUUGGGGAUACCGGCUCCACUCCACAAGCCUCCCAGAGCUGUGCAGAGAGGGAGGAUUUGCGCCAAUGCGAGCGAGCAGGCUUUACGAAAAUGUACGAGAGGGGAAUCAAGUACACAGAAUGAG